AUGGAAAACAAAUAAAUUGCUUGGAUUGUUCUCCUUAUUUUGUUAACAGUCUUUGUUUUAAUGAUCUGCUAUAAAUUUUGGACAUUUCUGACAAUUAUAAACAACAAACAACAAUUUAAAAAUAAUAUUAGAAAUUUCAGUCUUAAGAUAUAUGAGUAAACUAUUAUGUUAAGAAAUGCAUAGUAUUUUCAAAUGAGGUUGACUAAGAAUGAAAUAACAUAUUAUAAAUAGAAUAAGGAACAAUAAGUAGUAUGUAAAUUUUAAAUUGAUUAAAAUACGAAUUGCAAUUUUUUUAAAUAUCUAGAAUAUAAGGUAUAAUGUAAUGUAGGUAUGUAAUAAGAAAUGGAUAGAAUAAAAAAAUAAUAUUAUCAUUAAUUAAUUACUAAAUAACAAAUAGAGAAAGGGGAUAUAAGUGUUUUAGAUGCAUUUGUUUUGUAAUUAAAUUAAAAAAACUGGGAAGACUUUUUAUCAACUGAUUUCAAAAAAAUAGAAAUAUUAUUUGUGCCAUCAUAUAUUUUAGAUGAGAAUCAAAUGUAGGGUAAAUAAAUUUAAUAAAAAUACUGUGAAUUCUUAUCUUGUUUUCAACCAAUCGAUUAUAAAAUAGAUAUUUUAUUUAAAAAAAUAUUCUUUGUAACAACAAAUAUUAAAAAAAAGAGUGUUAUUUUAAUUGAAUUAGAUUUUGAAAAAAAAUCAUUUCUAAUUCAUAGUACAUUAGGUAAAGAGGAUUACAAUAAUUUUACUAAUUUAUGUCAUCAACUAAAAUUCUUAAUAAUCAAUGCUGAUUAAUAAUGGAAUGAAUAGAGAAUCCAAAUAAACAAUAAUUAUUAAAACGAAUAGCAUUCAAUAUGUGGGCGAUGUAACUUAAAAUAAAGUAAAACAACAGAAAUAGAUUAUUACGCGGGAUGCUUGUUAGCUUAUUCGUAUAAUUUCGGAGCCAACUAAUAAGAAUUUGGAUCAGUUGAUGAUAUUAAGAGUUUUAUCACAAAUAAUUUACUAGUUGACUGA